CAAUAGGUUUCAGUUCCAUAUCUUAUCUCAGGGCUCUUACUUCCCUCGACAUUAGCGAAAACGAAGAAGCUAUUUCGCUCCCAGAAGAGAUGUUCAAAAGCCUUGCAAAUCUCAAAUACUUGGAAAUCUCUUUCUUGAAGAAUCUCAAAGAGCUGCCUACCAGCCUGGCUAGUCUCAAUGCUUUGAAGCAUCUGAAAAUUGAAUAUUGUUGGGCACUAGAGAGUCUUCCUGAGGAAGGGGUGAAAGGUUUAACUUCACUCACACAGUUAUCCAUAACAUACUGCAAGAUGCUACAAUGUUUACCGGAGGGAUUGCAGCACCUAACAGCCCUCACAAAUUUAUCAGUUAGGGAUUGUCCAACACUGGCCAAGCGAUGUGAGAAGCGAAUAAGAGAAGACUGGUACAAAAUUGCGCACAUUCCUGAUGUGUUUAUCCGUUAAGUCUUAUUCCUAAUUGGAUGUAAUUUUCUGGUUUUUCUUUUGGAAACAAAUCAACUAUUUGUAAGAUCUAUUUGUAUUAUAAUUUAUUUUUCUU